AGCUUCCGGCGUCAACGAGAUCAGAAUGUUGACGUUCGUUUUUACAAAUCGUACUAGAUAGUCUGAAAGUACUAGUAACGUACUCCACACUAGGAGAAGGGGUGCUGACUCUGCUGUGUCUCUCUGAACAACAUGGCAGAGGCGGCUGCGGCGUCGCCCGGAUCGCCGGAGCUGGCGAACACUGGGCAGUCAGUUGGCGGCGAAGAAUGUACGGUGUCAUUCGUGAUUUUGCCCGAACACUAUGGGCAGACAAAAACACUCAAGCUCGACCAGACGAUAGGAGAAAUAAGAGAGUAAUUAUACUUGCUUUGUAGUUUUUGUGAAAUGAGCAUUUUGUUCUCUGGCUUAUGAGAUAGUGCACAAUGAAUCGAAUUUCAGACUGGUGUUGACUCACGUUUCUUUUCUGUUGUAGUAAAUGCACAUUCUUGUUUCAGACUAGUGACCCACGUUUCCUUUGCUUAGACAGUUAGGGCCCAGCCUUUCGUCUGCGCGCGUAUAUCAACUCUACAUCCCAUUUUCCUCCGCUGCCUACUGACCACAGAUCUCUCGAACGGGAGUUGGCUAUUCCAAACAAGUCGUUGUCAAUGAUGCAGCUCACUGGACUGGAGGGUGGCAGGAUAGUGUCGGGAACACUCCAAGAUGGCAUGUCUCUCCGACAGUACGGCAUAUUGGCGGGAAAUCAAGUGGGAAUCGAGCUUCGAAUAAACUACUACGAAACGACGCCGGCAAGAACGUCAACGUAACUCUUCUUUUGGAAGAUUUGAUUUUCUAUGUUUCGCUCCUAUUCGAUCUUCUCGUAUCACCUAAAGUGAUAGGACAAUAUGGAAAAAGUCUUUCCUCUGUUCUUUCAGCUUUCAGGAAAUUUCCCUUACCCUGACAAUAAUAUCUGUCAUCUUCGCAACAGAUACGUCAUGCCAGACACCUUAGCGGUGACAGUGGCGGAUGCGGAUGGAAGGCAGAGGCAGAUUAGUGUGCAAGUGGAAAGGCAGGCCGAAAUAAAACCAUAUAUCGGUGGAUUUCGACACAAGGGGACUGGUAGUUUGACUCUCUUUCUCUUGGAAUAUCGCUUUUACGUCAGUCUCAGUUACUAUUCGAACGAUCGACCACUCCAUUGACUUUUCAUCCUCAACAGACACUAUUGAGCUAUUACAAAAGUUUAAGUUCUUGAUUACAGUGACAACCAUUACCACCAUUUAUCAGGUGCUAUCUUCCAUCAUGGGAGCACGCAAACGGCGAAGACAGAGCAAAUAGUGCAUAAAGAAAAGACGCACAGGGAUACACAAACAGUGGACCAGAGAACGAGGUCGGUGCAGUCGACAAGGGAGACAGGAACACAGAUGCCGAAACAAGGUAAACCUAAAGAAUCUAUUUGGGUUUUCGAUUGUGACAAAUGUUACCAUGAUUGUUUUUUAUAUUGCGAGGAGAGUGCGUCUUGUCGAAACACCAUCCGACCUGCCCUUCACCUACAUGCUGCUUCUUGAACAGGGACUAACUUGGACUACUGCUAAACCUUCAUCUAUUACUAAAUCGCGACGGCCCUCUUGCUUGUGGAGCCACUUGUUUACAGCGGCUUCUCCACACAUCAAGUUGUAUCUGUUUUUCAACACAACUCCAACAACAGGCGUCGCUUAUGUCAGUGAGAAAACCGAUAAAGUUCUCUAUGGAUCGAGCUAUUUCAGUAGUGGGGAUCUCUUGGCUUUGCGACUGGAGAAGAUUCAGAUAAUUCAAAGCCACGCCCGUGGCCUCUUCGCAAGGAAACGAGCGAGGAUGCUCAGACAGGUACUAGGUCGAAAAGGAAGUUGAUAGGAAUGAGACAACAGGUUGCUGAAGAUACUGGUUGAAUUCGGUGUAGUCUCCUGUCUGUUUUUAGUAGAGGAUAUAUAAAGGAAGAGUGGUGCUGAAGAUUCCACUUGCUUCUUCCUUUUUUAUAAGGAUGAGGCUUAGGUCCAGCGACGCUCAGAGCACAAAAGUAACGCAGCCGGUUCGUUUUCCCUCUACUCUUCGACUUAUCCCUUCAUGCAAUACAAUUCCGUGAGAUUCACAGCGCCACUCUCCCUUUACACAUCCUCUACUAAAAACAGAGAAGAGACGAGAUGGCGCAAAAAGCGACGCAAGACUCCGAAAGGCGAGAAUUAGAAGCUGAGCUGCGGCAUAAGCGGGAGAUCCAGAGGCGUAUGCACCCACGAACGUACGAAGAUUUCGAUAUAUUACACAAGGAGCUUGAGAUGUGGAGGAAGAAGGAAACGAGGAGGAUAAAGGACGGUAAUUAUAUUCUUGGGACAUGCGCCGGCGCCUGCUUUCUGCAUAAUUUGUAUCAACGCUUUCUCACUUCGCGUGCAUUUUAAGACUACUUGUAUCUAUAAUUUUGUCGAUCAUCGAUCAUGGUCGUGUUUUCUAGAGAUAUUCGAUGUAUUGACUCUGCUAGUUCCAUCCCCUCCUCCUCGCAGAUCCAGACACUUCGAAAGAGGAGAAGCAUCAGCAGCUAGAGCAGCUAUUACAUAAAGAGACGCGACUCCUGCAGACCCUCGAUAAGUUGAAGCUUCAGGCGCAUAAGCACAAUAGAGCCGCGAAAGUGCGAAAACAACUGGAGAGCAUGGCACAGCCUAAGGUUCAAGGCUUCUAACAUUAAGGUAGGUGAUCCGUCGUAUGCACUCAUAGUUCAUUUUCACAUUUUGAUUUCGACUUACUCACGUUUACACAUUAUUAGAAAAUCUCUCGCACGACUCGACUACUCGAUGACAAAAACAACAGGUAUGGACGCAGUCAGACAACGAGACAACGACUGUCCAUACACCUUACACAACUCGCGCCAAGGAGCUCUUAGACCUUUAUAACGGCCUAAACCUUCCACUCCUCAGUAUCGACGAGAGGCUCGACGUGCUGCUUCACGUAAUUAUAUAGUGAAUAUUACUGUAAGCAUAUUUAUAAAAUAUGUUUGCAGGAAUGAUACAAGAAGGUCGAUUUGUACCGAGAUGAAGGUUCGAAAAAGAUGCGAAGCAACAAUUAUGUGGAGUACUGGAUCUUUUGCAAUUCUUAUGACAUUGAGAGUAUUGAAUCUGAUGACCAGCACCACCACUUGCUCAUCACAACAUUUACAGGUAAAGUGGACAGUGAAGGAGUUUGACUGCAAUUUGACGCGUGAUAUCGUAGACUUGAUCGAUCGAGAGGCAGACUUGCUAAAUCGAGGCCGAUCCGAGAGUAGCUUCACUGCGCUCAGAAAGCGGCUUUCGAAUCUCUUUUUAUGGCUCCUUUGAUUCCGGAUCUUGAACUAAAACUAUACUAGAAACUUUUAAAAGUGAAAAAAGUGAAAAGAUAAUUCCACUUCUGAAUGAAAGACCACAUGUUUUCCCUGAAGACUGACCGCUGAUGUAAGAGACUUGUCAUCCUAAAGGAACCCUAGCCAUAAGUUGAAUCAAGCCCUGUUGAAUCAAGACCGCUGAUGUAAGAGACUUGGCAUCCUAAAGGAACCCUAGCCAUAAGUUGAAUCAAGCCCUGUUGAAUCAAGACCGCUGAUGUAAGAGACAUCCUAAGGGAACGUUCUUCUAAUUCUGUUGCAGUUCAUCGAGACUCCUGAGUUUAAUCCAGAGGCAGCCCGCUUCCAGCACGUUCCUCGCGAUAUGAUUCGCCAAACAGCUGUGCAGCCUUUGAGCACAGUGCCGCUUAACACUGCUGUGGGAAGGAAGUAAGUCGAAAUGAAGGCAGUGCUGUGAAGAUGGAUGGGUGGCUGAAAGCGGGGCGGUCUGCGGUCACUCGUGCAGACCUCACGCUUCUGUCAAAAUACAAGGUUGACGAAAACCAGAGACCAGAACUACUAUUACCAGACAGAACUAAUAUACCAGAGACUAAAUUUUCUAUCGUUUGAAGACAUCAUGUAGCUCAUAAGAACCAGAGACUUGUCAAUCAACCAGUAAUCAACCAGAGACUUUGAAAUUGCGUAUUUGUAACCAGAAUCAACGGAGUAAAGGCUUGCGUAUUUCUUGUAAGGAGAAUCGAUUAUAGCGUUAGCGAGGAACUUCUAGAGUAUGUUUCGUCGCCUCAUGGUGGUAGACCUACGAUUGAUGGGGAUCUUGAUGAGAGUUGUGCGGGGCGACGAGGAAGCGGAACAUAUUAAGUGGUUGUAGUGGAUUAAAAAUGCCUUUGUAAAUUCAUAGAUACUAAUUCUUCCUCAAUAAGAGAACGGAGGUUGUCCGCUUCUUCGUUUCUAGGUACUUAAAGUUUGCAUAAUGAGUAUACAGAGGACUCGAUGAGGUAGUUCGCGCCACGGACACUUCACGAGGCCGCUUGCGCGCUAUCUUAACAUAAGAAUGAAGCUUGCGCAUCGAUUAGGACUUAGAAACUUAUUCCAGAAUGCUUUGCUAUCCAGAUUUAUAACGACAAGAUGCUAUCGAUCCCUGUACAAAAAAUUUUGGUUUAGAUUAGAUUGAUGUCAAGAAGAUAAGAUUUGCAUCUCUUCAAGGAUUGAAAAGUUUUGGAUGUUUUGUAUCGAUCCCCUGUUGUGGUUGUUACCUGGAAGACGAAAAGCAUGAUAAUGGACGCGGAGGCGGAC